CAUGGUCGAGUGAAAAGCCAAGUACGCUCAGGGCGGUUCGUUCCAAGUUGAAGUUUGCGUCUGCGUUGAAAGUCCGAAAAAGUACGCGUAUGCGAAGUGUUAUGUGCCGUUCGAACUGCGGACAUAAUCAUUGGUGCGAAAGGGUCCUCUAGACAUGGAUGGGGAAAAACAAUUUGAGCCGGCAGCUCUACCUGCAACGAUGACCUCUGUAACCUCAUCGACAAGCAGCUCUGAAACUUCUACAGAAUCGGACACCAUGGAUAGUGACUCAGAAGUCAGCGAUGGCACUGUAGGAGCUUCAGCAAAGAAGCCUGGCAAAAGUGUUGGCACAUGUCACGAGUGUAGUGUGUGUGGGCAGCGUUUUGCAAGCUGGAAAAGUGCAAAAAUUCACCUCGCUAAACAUGCGUGCGAGGAACCGUACGCCUGUACCAACUCCAGCCAGAAGUUCACCCAGAAAGCUAAUGUCGUUAAAUACCAGCAGGUCCACACAGGUAAGGUGAGGUUUGUGUGCGAGCAGUGCCCAUCUAAAUUUAACUCGAAGAUAGCGCUGGACAGGCAUGAGCAGUUGCAUGCUAGUGGAGUGGAGUUCUUUCAUUGCCCUGAGUGCUUCAAGACCUUGUUGCUCAAGACAAGCCUCCAGCGGCACCUGAAGUGGCACAAGAUGGAGAAGCCAUACUCGUGCCACCUGUGCCCAGCCACCUUCGUUUACGAAUAUGUCAGAGACAAUCAUGUGCUACUACACACGAAUGGGAAACCAUACAGCUGUCAUCUGUGCCAAAAAUGCUUUGCCUGGAAGACUAAUCUCGAUGUACACGUGCGGCGGAUACAUGGAGAAAUCAAGACCACUGUGACAAAUGUUAUGACCAGGGUGGAGGUGACAUUGCCGAGCAGCGCUUCAGCCAUGCUGCCGCCUGUCGUGACAACUGUAAACGUCAAGGCAGAGCCAGUCAGCCCUACAACCACACUUCCUCCUACCCAUGAAGACGUGGACGGAGAAGAACUAUCUGAGCCAGCUUCCCUGCAGCCGAGGGUCACCUCCGUAGCUUCAUUGCCGAGCCUCAGUGGCACUUCUACAGACACUUACACCACGGAUAGCGACUCAGAAAUCUCCAGUAGCACCUUGGGAGCUCCAGUGAAAAAGCCUGGCAGGAGCGUUGGAAGGUGUCAUGAGAGUAGUGAAUGCAGGAAGAACUUUACGAAGACAGCAUCUGCAGAAAACAGCCUGCCCGAACACACAAGCAAUAGAACACGCACCGCUUGCCCCAUCUGUGGCCGAGUGUUUGCCUACAGGCACAUACUCAAAAGGCAUCAGCGCACUCACCAUAGGGCUGAGACACAGUUUGUGUGCCGGCUGUGCCCGUCCAUAUUCAAGAAAAAGUCAUCUCUGGACAGGCACAAGCGGCUACAUACAAGGGCAGUGGGCCUGUACCACUGCCAUAAGUGUGGCAAGAUCUUCAAGAGGAAAGGUAUCCUACGGCAGCACCUAACGUGGCACGAGAAGAAGACAUCAUACAAGUGCCACUUGUGCCCAGCCUCCUACCUACACCGCUGUGAACGGAACAAUCAUGUGCAAACGCACGCGGCUGAAAAGCCGCACCGCUGUCCCAUGUGCAAAAAAAGCUAUACCUGGCGGCGUAGCCUCACAAUGCAUAUGCGCUGCAGUCAUGGCGGCGUCAAGCUCACUGAGGAAUGCCAUGACGUCAGUGAAAAAGAUAUAGCUGAGCGAGCAGCCUUGCUGCCAAGCAGCACGGUUACUUCAAGGGAUGAAGCCACCGUGGAAAGCAACCCAAAGAGCCCAGGGAGUGACAUCUUGGCUGCAGUGACACAGGGCAGCAAGGGCACCGGCCUCAACAAGUCCUCCAAGUGCAGUGUGCGUGGGCAUUGUUUCGUGCCCCAGGGUGAGAAGCUGCACAAGUGCCCUGUCCGCAAGCAGACGUUUGCCCAAAAGCACUCACUCGCGACCCAAGAGGUCACACACUCUUGCAAGAAACAAUUGCCCUGUUCUACAUGCGGGGAGCUGGUAAAGCGGAAGAACCUCACCGCACACGAACUUUCCCACCAAUCCGAGAAGUCACUUUAGUGCUGCCACUGCUUGGCAAUGUUAGCAAGCAGAAAAACACUUACGAGUCGCAUCCCCACGCAUGCCGGCUAAAGGCCGUACGGUUGUAAAGUGUGCAGCAAGCGUUUCGUACAUGCUGGGACGUCGUACCACCAUUGCCGUACUCACAUUAAUGAGAACUGGUAGAAGUGUUCAUAUUUAAAACUCUUUUCACGAAAUCCGGUCACCAGCCAAAUCACACACUCAUGGGCAAAGCUUGAGGUGAUCGUCGAUGACUACAAUGCGACUCUUUCUCCACAAAGCAACAAACCACAAAAUUUUCACACUGAAUGCUGAGUAGUUCCAGCACCCUGCCUGACUAAAGCUCUAAUGGGUACUGUUCAAGGAUGGAUGAUUUGAGUAUGGGCGAUGUGCAAUUGUGAUAAGCUGCUGCUGUAUGCUCGGCUUUAUUGAAGAAGCUUAGCUAGUAGCGCUAGUACUUAUUAGGUAGGCACUAGUGUAAGUAUGUUCAAGAAUGCAUCUUGGAACAGCAAUGGUGAUGGUAAUAUGCGUACACAAGGAGCUUUGUUUCAGGAGCUUCUGUCUAAAUACGCGAGAAUAGAGAAAUUGUUAAGCAUUCUAUGUGAAAAUUUUGCACUGGAUUUAAUGAGGCGCAUUGCAUUUCGAUCGAAUAAUUUACGAUCUGUUAGAAUUUGAUAUCUCAUUUAAGUCCUUAGUUUCUUUAAAAAUAUAUAUGAAUUUCAGAUAUUGCAAUUCUGCUAACAAUAUCAUAAUUCUAUAAACUCUGUCUAAUCAGACAUCUAAAAUGGACAAAAGUGAUGAAUUCUAUGCAGCUCUGGAAUAUACUACCGAUAUUUGAGUUGGACUAUGGGAUUGUAUGGUGGGUGCAAAACUAUGAAAAAAAGCUACUCAGAUUUGUAAGGUGCAUACCACGUCUCACUUGUUGUUAUUGUCAUCAUUUUGAGUUGUACCAACUAGUUUAAAAAAUGUGGCCUGCUUCUGUUGCCAAUCCAAAAAAUGAAGCGCCAACGGUAACGGCACACAAAGAAGGAACAAAAGACAGGACAAGGCGCUACUUGCAACUGUUUAUUGAAGUCAGAGGUGGCUGAUUAUAUAGCCGUGGGGAGAGGGGGGCGAAAAAAGAGGGACACUGAUUAUGUGAACGCGCACGCGCG